AUGUCCGAUGCGUCCAUCCAAACCCUGAUCCGUGCCGACGCGGCGCAGGUCCUGCACACCGUCGUCGAGGAACUGCCCGACGCGCGCGAGCGCCUGCAGUACGUGCGCAGCAUGACCGAGCAGGCCGCCACCAAGGUGCUGAACCUGGUGGAAGCCGCGCAGGAGGACGCCGAGGCCGUGCGCAAGAAGGGCCGCGAACUGUCCGACGCGCUGAACCGCCUGGCGCUGUCCAGCAACAUCAGCCAGGACCGUGCCCGCGCGCUGAUGAAGCUGUGCGCCGCCUACGCGUCCGACGCCGCGAGCUUCGCCGCCCGCGAGAAGUCGCUGCACACCGAGAUCAUGAUGUCGCAGGACUUCCAGGAUCUCUCCGGCCAGGUCAUCAACAAGGUCAGCAAGAUGCUGGAGCGCGCCGAGCCGCCGCUCAAGGAUCUGGUGGCGUCGCUGCCCGCGCCCGCCGCGGCUGCGGCCUCCGAGGAACUCGGCGGCGUGCAGACGCCCGACAAGGCCCUCAAGCAGGACGACGUGGACGACCUGCUCGCCAGCCUCGGCUUCUGA